AUGGAACUCACAAUAGACAUAAACAUCGAGCUAUAUCCUUUAGAUCUAGGCGAUCGGGUUAACGUAAUUCUUACCACCUCAUUAGCCUUAGAACCCUCAGUAAUUCAACAAGCUGAGGAUGUUAUUGGCGGGGCUCCAGCCGAGGAAAUGAAUCAAAAAAUUUCUUGGAGAGAAAAAGGCCCUAUGGAAAAGGAUCUUUCUGAUGAUUAUGAAUAUGUUAUGUAUGGAAAAGUUUACAAGUAUGAUGAAGAAAGAAGAAGCAAA